AUGAGACGACUGAUGUGGAACGUCUUACCACAAGAGCUCGCACCUGCAGCAUCUGAGGCUAGCAUGGACAACCAGAGUGUGUCACUGGCAUCUGAGCCAAAUGCCGCGCCGGGUCGCUGCACUCGGCUCUCGCACUGUCUGCUUAGUCGUGUCUGCAUCAAUGCAGAGGAAACGGGCGAUUGUGCCACUAUGGCGCAGGCACGAACCGGGACACACCGAAGCGAGUUCGAAUUCCAUGUCGCACCAUGCCUCCUCUGCACUGAGGUCCCUGAACUCAAAGGAGUUGAGAUGGCCUCACGACAACGAGUACCGAAUUCACCCCACAUAGUCUCAUAG